AUAUAUAUAUUUUGUUAUCCAUCCAGCGCUUUGUUAGAUCCGGCUCCAAGGUUAAGCUUUUGUGCGAAACUAACGGUUGCCGGACGGUGGAUAGAGCUGAAGGAAGAGGAACCAAGAAGAGAUAAAAGGGUCCAUCCAGUUGACUUGAGUUUUCAUAGAUGGAGCAGGGUAAACAAGGAGUGGUAGUUAAAUUGCCUCCGCAUCAGAACCCCGUGGAGCAGAUUCAGGCUCGUUUCAAGGAACUAGAAAAUGGGUUCAGGACGUGGUUGGCUAAGCAAUCUCUCCCAGUUGAGGCCGCUGUUGUCACCGUCACCAGCGCUGCGCAGGGCGCUGCUAUUGGUGGCUUUAUGGGCACUCUCACCAACGACGUUUCUUCUUCUCUCCCCACUCCUCAAGCCGGCCUCAACCCUCAAGCCAUGGCUUCUUUCAAGCAGGCCCAGGCUCUUGCUGGAGGUCCCUUAGUACAAGCUCGCAACUUUGCCGUCAUGACAGGUGUUAAUGCUGGCAUAUCUUCUGUUAUGAAGAGACUAAGAGGCAAGGAGGAUGUCCAGUCAAGCAUGGUGGCUGCUUUUGGGUCUGGGGCAAUGUUUUCACUGGUGAGUGGCAUGGGAGGUCCAAAUCAGGCGACAAACGCGGUUACAUCUGGUCUUUUUUUUGCCCUCGUUCAAGGUGGACUUUUCAAGUUAGGGGAAAAGUUUUCUCAACCACCUGUGGAAGAUGUGUACUAUGCUAAAACAAGAAGCAUGUUGAAUAACCUUGGACUACAAAGUUAUGAGAAGAAUUUCAAGAAAGGCUUAUUGACCGAUACCACUUUGCCGCUGCUCACUGAUAGUGCGCUUAGAGAUGUCAAGAUUCCCCCAGGACCAAGGCUACUCAUUCUGGAUCACAUUCAGAGGAACCCAGAGCUAAGAGAGAGAUGAAGCUGAUUUGAGGGGAAGAUCUUGCUCUGUUCAUUUGCAACCCAAGUGUCACUACUCUUUCUAGUUGAACUAGUAUUAGGUCAUCUUAAUUAGGAAGAAUGUGUAAUAGGUCCGAUGUACUCAUGAGAAGUUGAUUUUGUCAUUUGAAUUCGCACUGAGUUCGAUUUUGAAUGUUCUUUUCGUUUUAUUUUAGAUAACAGAACGAUGCUACUGUAGGAUUAGUGGAAGCUUUUUUUUUCCUUUUCUAUGUAUCUUGAAUGGUUAAAUCUUCAAAUUUGCUGAACUUUUUUUUAUAAAUGCAUGUGUCGAGAAGACCUUAAUACGAUUUGUGGUAAA